GGCGGGCUGGCUCCGGGCCGGGAGCGCGCAAAGGCUGCGGAGCGGCGGCAUGGGGGAGCACCUGUCGUGGGAGACUGACGGCUUGCACCCUCUGGAGAGGCAGCUCCACGAGGCUGCGCGCCGGAACAACGUUGGGAUAAUGAAGGAGCUGAUUGGGAGAAGAGUCAACGUCCGGGCCAGAAACCAGGUGGGCAGGGUGGCCCUGCACUGGGCCGCAGGCGCGGGGCACGAACAAGCUGUACGGCUGCUUCUGGAGCACGAGGCCGCUGUGGACGACGUGGAUGCGUUUGGGAUGAAUGCAAUUCUCCUCUCUGCCUGGUUCGGCCACUUACAGAUUCUUCAGAUCCUGGUUAACUCAGGAGCCAAGAUUCACUGUGAGAACAAGGACGGCCUCACCUUACUGCACUGCGCAGCCCAGAAAGGCCAUGUGCAGGUGCUGGCGUUCAUAAUGGAAGACUUGGAGGACGUGGUCCUGGACCAUGCUGACAAGCUGGGAAGGACAGCGUUUCACCGGGCUGCUGAGCACGGGCAGCUGGAUGCUCUGGACUUCCUUGUGGGCUCUGGCUGUGACCACAGUGUCAAAGACAAGGAGGGGAACACGGCCCUUCACCUGGCCGCUGGCAGGGGCCACCUGUCUGUGCUGCAGCGACUUGUGGACAUCGGGCUGGACUUGGAGGAGAGGAAUGUGGAAGGUCUGACCGCCCUGCACGUGGCCGUUGAAGGAGUCCACCCUGACUGUGUGCAGCUGCUCCUGGGGGCCGGGAGCAGCGUGAAUGCCCUCACCCAGAAAGAGCAGAGCUGCCUCCACUACGCAGCCCUCAGUGGCUCUGAGGACGUGGUCCGGGCGCUCAUCCACUCAGGGGCCUGCACCAACGUGCCCGAUCGUCAGGGAGCCUCGCCAAUGCACCUUGCCGUGAGGCACAACUUCCCUGCCCUGGUUCAGCUCCUCAUCGAUGCCGGCAGUGACUUGGAUGCCACCGACAAUAGGCAGCAGACGCCCCUCCACCUCGCCGCGGAGCACGCCUGGCAGGACAUAGCAGAGAUGCUCCUGGUUGCGGGGGUCAACUUAAACCUGAGAGAUAAGCAGGGGAAAACCGCUCUGGCGGUGGCCGCCCGCAGCAACCACGUCGUCCUGGUGGACAUGAUCAUAAAAGCCGACCGCCUCUACAAGUGGGAGAAGGACCACCUCUCACUCAGGGACCCCAGUGAUCCCUCUGGGAAGAGUCUGACCUUUAAGCAGGACCAUCGGCAGGAAACGCAGCAGCUUCGCUCUGUGCUGUGGCGACUGGCCUCCAGGUACCUGCGGCCGCAGGAGUGGAAGAAGCUCGCAUAUUGCUGGGAGUUCACUGAGGCCCACGUCCACGCCAUCGAGCAACAGUGGACAGGCACCAAGAGCUACCAGGAGCAUGGCCAUCGGAUGCUGCUCAUCUGGCUGCAUGGCGUGGCCACGGUGGGUGAGAACCCCAGCAAAGCGCUCUUCGAGGGCCUUGUGGCCAUUGGCAGGAGGGACCUGGCUGAAAACAUCAGGAAGGAAGCAAACGCUGACCCAAUCACCCCCAGGAAGUGUGCAGCCAUGUGACCCGAGGGGCUGGAUUUUCAGGAGCCUGGGACCUCAGAGUAGGGGCCACUGAACAGAAGACAAGCACCAUUUAAGGGCUUCAAAAGAAAACCACUGCUGACAAGUUAACAAACCUCCAACUGCUUUCACUGAACCACAUAGUCAGGCAGGGCCUGUCUCAGGUUUUGCUGGCGAUCCAUUCUCGCAGGUAUGGUCCUUUACACCUCUCAGCUCACUUUCACCUCCAUCAUCUCAGAGCCUCACCAGGUGCAAGGGAUGUCUUUUCAGAGAGGACAGGGGCUCAGGCUACACAGCCAACUAAUCAGGUGGCGAGGUCAGGCGUCAAACCCAGCAUUGCUGUCUCCCCGGGCUGGCGAAGGGCUCCAUCCAUCACUUACGAAAUGGACCUCCCUCGACCCCUUCCCUGGCCUUUAGGAAUGCCCUGCUUCCUCCACAGUUGCGUCUGUCCCCAAGUCUGUCUGUACACUAGGACAGUUCCAAGAGGCACACAAUCUCAUUUUUUCCCUCUGGUUCUAAGAUGUUUUUAAAGUUUUACAACUGUUUUUGGAAAUCAUUUCCGACUUACAAAAAUGUUGCAGAAAUAAUAUGAAGAACGUCCAAACACCCUUCACAGUGCAGCUUCCCUGAGCAUUAACUCGUUACGUAACCAGAUCAUAAUUUCCAAAACCAGGAAGGGAACACACAUGAUACUGUCAGCUUCUCUUCAGACCUUAUUCAAGCGUGGCCAGUUGAGCCACUCAUGUCCUUUUUCUGGACCAGGACCCUGUCCAGGAUCACACCCAGCAUUUAGUCCUCAUUCUCCCUUUUCCAGCCCCCCCUGAACACGAGGCCCUGAACGCUCUGGAGUGGCUCUAUCCAACACAGCGUUCCUCGGUGAUGGGCGUGUUCCAGACCAAUGCUGUGCACUCGCGGGGGGUCUGACCUUCGGGUAUCUCUGUGCCACCCUGGAAGAAGAAGAGCUAUCUUGGGCCACAUUGUGACAUGCAAUCACAAAAAAAAAAUCUCAUAAUGUUUUAGGUAAAUUUAUGCUUUUGUGUUGGGCCACAUUCACAGGCAUUCUGAGCGGUAUGUGGUCCAAGAGCUGCAGGUUGGACCCCCUGGGACUUGCCACUGAUGAGCUAGCUAUCUGAGGCUAUCGAGCCCUUGAAAUGUGGCAAGUGGGACUGAGGAACUGAGUUUUAAAUUUUAUUUAAUUUU